GGCCACAGAGAGGAAAUCCUAAGGAGGACAUUUUCCCCCAGUCUCCAGCAAUUUUUUGGUGACGUAAUAUGUGGGCUGAACUCGAGUCUACUGAGAAAGAGAGGGAAUCACUAUUCAAGGGUACUGUAUAUACAAUCUGGGUCAGCUGCAGCUGGUUACUGCAUUUCUCCAUGUGGCAGACAGAGCAAAACCACAAUGCUUUCUCUGCUGGAUUAAAGACAGCCCACAGACCAGAACUUCCACUAUACUACUUAAAAUUACAUAGGUGGCUUGUCAAAUUCAAUUGAUUAGUGUUGUAAGAAGAAAAAGAAGUUCCUUAUUACAGCUUGGAUUCAACGGUCCAAAACAAAAAUGCAGUUGCCAUUAAAGUCACAGACGAGCAAACUUCUCCACUGAUUUUUAAGAGCAAGAAUAAGAGCAGCAAGUUUCUGGGUUUGCUCUCUCGACAGAUGCAAAAAGACAUCAAACAACCUCAUUUCAAAAUGAAGGCUUUUAUCUGGACGCUAAGUGUGCUAUUCUUCCUACUAAUGGGCAGUGGACAUUGCAGAGGAGGACAGUUCAAAAUAAAAAAAAUAACCCAGAGGAGAUACCCUCGCGCCACAGAAGGUAAAGAGGAAGCAAAGAAAUGUGCAUACACAUUCUUGGUACCCGAACAAAAAAUAACAGGGCCAAUUUGUGUCAACACCAAAGGACAAGAUGCAGGUACCAUUAAACACAUGAUCACCAGGAUGGACCUUGAAAACCUGAAGGACGUGCUCUCCAGGCAGAAGCGGGAGAUAGAUGUCCUGCAACUGGUGGUGGAUGUAGAUGGAAACAUUGUGAAUGAGGUAAAGCUGCUGAGAAAAGAAAGCCGUAACAUGAAUUCUCGUGUUACUCAACUCUAUAUGCAACUAUUACAUGAGAUUAUCCGUAAGAGGGAUAAUUCACUUGAACUUUCUCAGUUGGAAAAUAAAAUCCUCAAUGUCACCACAGAAAUGUUGAAGAUGGCAACAAGGUACAGGGAACUGGAGGUGAAAUAUGCUUCUUUGACUGAUCUUGUCAAUAACCAAUCUGUGAUGAUCACUUUGUUGGAAGAACAGUGCUUAAGGAUAUUUUCCCGACAAGACCCCCAUGUGUCUCCUCCUCUUGUCCAGGUGGUGCCACAACAUAUUCCUAACAGUCACCAGUAUACUCCUGGUCUGCUGGGAAGUAAUGAGAUACAGAGGGAUCCAGGUUAUCCUAGAGAUUUAAUGCCACUACCAGAUCUGGCAACUUCUCCCACCAAAAGCCCUUUCAAGAGACCACCAGUAACUUUCAUCAAUGAAGGACCAUUCAAAGACUGUCAGCAUGCAAAAGAAGCUGGACACUCAGUAAGUGGAAUUUAUAUGAUUAAACCUGAAAACAGCAGAGGACCGAUGCAGUUAUGGUGUGAGCACAGUUUGGAUCCUGGGGGUUGGACUGUUAUUCAGAAAAGAAUGGAUGGCUCUGUCAACUUCUUCAGAAAUUGGGAAAAUUAUAAGAAAGGGUUUGGAAACAUUGAUGGAGAAUACUGGCUUGGACUGGAAAAUAUCUAUACGCUUAGCAAUCAAGAUAAUUAUAAAUUGUUGAUUGAAUUAGAAGACUGGAGUGAUAAAAAAGUCUACGCAGAAUAUAGCAGCUUUCGUCUGGAGCCUGAGAGCGAAUUCUAUAGACUGCGCCUGGGAACUUACCAGGGAAAUGCAGGGGACUCUAUGAUGUGGCACAAUGGCAAACAGUUCACCACACUAGACAGAGAUAAAGAUAUGUAUGCAGGAAACUGCGCGCACUUCCAUAAAGGAGGAUGGUGGUACAACGCCUGCGCACACUCUAACCUGAAUGGAGUGUGGCACAGAGGAGGCCAGUACAGAAGCAAGUACCAAGAUGGAGUAUUCUGGGCCGAAUAUCGAGGCGGGUCAUACUCCUUGAGAGCAGUUCAGAUGAUGAUCAAGCCUAUUGACUGAAGAGAGACAGUCUCCAACUUAAAUGACAUAGAACUUUAUAUUUUUCAGUUCCUAAAAAUGUAAAUUUCACAUGUAUAUUACUUCGCACAAUUUAUUUCUACAAAUAUAGUUUUUAAAUGAAUCUUACCAUAACUAUAAAAGGGGAUUUAUGAAUGUAGUUUCAUCUUCUCUUAAUAUACUUCAAAAGAUUAUUUGUAUCCAUAAUGCUAGUUAUUUUAAAAAUUAUAUUGACUACAUACAGGCAGUGUGUUUUCAAAAAUGUAAAUAUUUGCCUAAAUGUAAAACAAAUCUUAGCUUUAUUUUAAAUCAAAACUGAAUACCUGUUCAAGAUCCUUAACAAUUUAUUUAAAAACUUUAUGAGAUUCCUCUAACUUCCAAGGGAAAAAUAAUUUUAAGAUUUCAGCCAAGUAAUACAUUUUAUUUAUAAAAAUAUAGACAGGAAAUUAGAGAAAACUCUAGUUUUGCCAAUAGAAAAUACUUUCUGCAUUGAAUAAAAGUUAUUUCAAUUGAAUUUGUGCCUUUCACAUGAAAUGAUUAAAUCUGAAUUAUUGACAAUAUAUUUUAUGCCAAUUUCCCCAAAGAAUUAAGUGAUCCACAGUAUUAAAAUAAAUACAUAUUUAAAAAAAUAAUGUAGGCAAUAUUUAAAUGCUCAAUUUGUAGAAAGAGAAAUAUACAAAUGAAUUUUUCAAUAUUAUCUUCACACGAUUUGCUGGCACCAAAAUCUCCUGAAAUGCAUUAUGUUGUUAUAUCAGCAAAAUAUUGAUAUUACAAAACGCAGAAUAUUUAAGUGAGCCAAUGGUUUUACAGAUCUGAAUUAUAACUUUAAACUUAUUAAUACCCCUCACACCCACCAGCCAAUUUGCUGAUCCUUACUAUUUGGAAAAAACCUCUCUGCUCUUCAAGUCAGAAAGCUUGGACAGCUUUAUAAGCAUUAUUGCAUACUUAUGAGUGAGACUAAAACAACUUCAAGGAACUGUUAGACAUUUUCCCAAUACUGAGAUUCAACAGCCUCAGAACAGAAUCCAUAGGGGUUUGGCUAUUCCAAAUUGCUAAUUCCAUUUUAUAGUGUGUGUGACUUUAUAACUCAUCUUUGCAACUAACAAGUUUAUUACCAACCUUCCGGAACAAUUUCCUUCCGGAAACAUGUUCAUUGCUUACAGCUGAUCUUCCCUUAAUUCAUUUGUGAACUAAAAUUUUAGAGGAAUCUCAUGAGACUUUUGCUCAAGCAAAAAGAAAAUCCAGUCAGAACUGAAGAUAAUCAUUUGAACAACUCAAGUCCACCAACAUGACCAAUGGUUUUCCUCUGUCACAUCUCAAAAUAAAACUUUUGGUCGAAGAAGGUAAGAGAACAUCAAAACCC